AAAUACGCCAUGCGUAGGUAGAGGAGUCCUGCAAUACAUCUUAAAUAUUUAUACGGCCUAUGUUCGAAGGUUGAGAUACGCCAUGCAUAAUCAGUAUAAUAAUUAUGUGCCAAGUGAGCUCCUAUCGUUGGAAUACGCGGACUCACCUGCCAAAUGUAGAAGCUACGACAAAUCAAUGGAAACUAUAUAAAUACCUCAAUCUGGCUCUUGUUUGGGAAAUAUUAGAUCAAGGGCUGUGUUUGCUAUAAAGUGACAUCAGAUAUGACUAAGGGGUCAUGGCAAGAAAAGGCAGCUAAAAAGAGGCAGGAAGUUCGUUCUGAAAUUCCUCCUAGUUGGUUGCUCCCACAGGACGAAACCUCCAAGUUCAGUGAAACCACGCCUGUAUCGGUGUUGGACCUUCCCAGAAAAUACCUUGAUGAAAAAGAGCUUCAUAUCACUGAAGACUAUUCCCCCAAGCAGCUUUUACAAAAGUUAGCUGAUGGAGGGUUUACAGCUGUUGAAGUGGUAGAAGCUUUCAGUCACAGGUCUGCCAUCGCUACCCAAGUAACCAAUUGCUGUACAGAGAUCAUGUUUAGUUACGGCUUAGAAAGAGCUAAGUUCUUGGAUGGAUACCUUGUAAAGCAUGGUAAGCCUUUUGGUCCUCUACAUGGAUUGCCAAUAUCUUUGAAAGACUCCACCAAUGUCCCUGGAUAUGAUUCUACUAUUGGAUAUACUGGUUUUAUUGGAAAUGCUUCUUCAAUCAAAGAUUACCAAUUCGUUGAUCUAAUUUUAUCAUUAGGAGCAGUUCCAUUUGUUAAGACCAACAUUCCACAUACAUUGAUGACUCUUGAUUCAGAAAAUAACAUAUUCGGAAGAACUUUGAAUCCUAACAAAUUGACUUUGACUGCAGGAGGAAGUUCAGGUGGCGAAGGAAGUUUGAUAAAGCAGAGAGGUUCUCUUGUUGGUUUUGGGACAGAUAUUGGUGGUUCUAUUCGUAUUCCUGCUUACUGUAAUGGCGUAUAUGGGCUUCGUUCAACAGUAAACAGAAUUCCAAAUGUUGGAGGAACUGACCCUAGCAGAGAUUAUUUUGUGGGGGUAGACUUUACCACAGGCCCUUUGGCUGUUGAUUUGGAAGGUAUUGAACUAGUCACUAAAGCCAUAAUUGAAUCAGAGGCAUGUAGUAAGAUCUCAAUGGCUCGUGCAGUUCCAUGGAGGCCUGUCGAGGUUUCCAGACCCCUUAGAAUCGGUUCUUUAGUGCCUGAAUCUAGGCUUCCAAUACACCCUCCCUUAAAAAGGAUCCUCAAAGAAGCUGAACAGAAAUUAAGGGCCCAGGGACACGAGAUUGUUCCAAUAGAGAAAUAUCCGUCCGCUUAUGAUAGCUGGAAAACAAUAAUGGGACUAUUUCUUGCGGAUCCCGAAAGUACAGCCAUUUCGACCAUCUUGGAUGCUGGGGAGCCAUUGAUCAACUCCUUGACUGACACUGGAGUUAAGGCCUUUAGAGGCGCACCCGAGUCAAUCGCAGAGUUAAUCGAGUUGAAAGCAGAAGCUUAUAGAGCAGCUGAAGAUUGGCAUGGAGUAUUUGAUGACAACAAUUUGGAUUGUAUAAUAGGACCAGGUGCACCAGGAGCUGCUCCCCCUCAUGAUAGUUGCAUUAUUGCUCCUUUUACUGCUCAAUGGAAUUUGGUGGACUUCCCUGCUCUUGUGAUUCCCUAUGGUAAAGUAGAAGAUACUGAUGAGGUUGAGCCCGUAGACAAAGGGGAUUUAGCUGAUUGUUUUGCCUUUUACGAAGACAAAAAUGCAUAUUUGGGAGCACCUGGUCAUAUCCAGAUAGUUACGAAACAUUUGCACGAUGAAAAGCUUUUAAGCUGUGCUAAGAUUAUUGAACAAGCAUUGGUGUCAUGAACCGCUUUUCGCUGGUUGCCUAAAUUGUUGUUCUUGCAGGUAAAUCCUUUAGGUCUCUUUGACCUUUCUUACGCUUUCAUUUUCAUUUUCAUUUGCAUCCUAUUUAAUAUCAUCGAGACGAAGUUCAUGUUGCACACCUUGCGAUUCUAUGACUUAAUAUACACAUAAAUCCUAUCCGUUUCAUUUGAACUCUUGUGCUCUUGUAUACUAAAAUUGAAAUUCUAAGAGAACACCCUUAUAACGAAAUUUUAUAAUACGUCAGAGUCAUAUUGGUUCUCUUUAAUCCAUAGAUACAUAGCAUCAAUACCCAAUUCAUCUUGCCAACAUUUUCGUAGAAACGAAACAGGUAGGGUAUUGAAAUCUGAAGAUAGAGCUUCCUUCUGCAUUACUCUGCUGAGGAAACCACGGUCUUCAGCUUUAGUACAACAAAAUCCACAGACCAUUGAAGGCCACAACAACAAUGAAAGUGAAAACUGUUUGCUUUGCUCCAUGGUAGUCAUACAAUGAAUAAUAAAACCAACAAUCUCUUGGAUUUUUGGGUCUUCGGCUUUAGUUUUAUUGUCAUAAACCUUAAGAAGCAUCAAUUUUGCCGAACUUGACAAAACUUUUGAAAAGACAAGACUCUCUUCAAUAUCUCGUGGAUAGUAGGGCGAACUACUAGAAUGGUUGACAGACAUUCUCCAUUUGAGAUGUUCAUAGUCAUAGUCGUCAAUUUCUUUGAUGAGACCCUCCGCUUCUUGCACAACUUCUUCAUUGAAACCCUGAAGACUCACAAGAAGGAGAUGACUUGCUUUGGCCACUAAUGCGAAACCAUCAAUACAACCAAGAAUAACUGAAGUGGAGGACCAAAAUUCAGGUUGAAGGGCAUCUUUAACUAGUGAAAAUACCUCAUUAGGACAAGGUAUCUUCAAGUCCAAAAAUACGUAAUUAAAACUAUAGUGAUAGACAAAACUUUCAAGGAGUGCCCGUUCAUAUCUUUGUACCUCUUUGCUGGUUUGUAAAAUUUUACAGACAAUCGUGUAUGCCAUUAAGAUAUGACUUAUAGUUUGAUUAUGAUUUUUGGUGCCCUCUAUGCUAUCUCGUACCAACAAUAAUUGAACAAUUGAAAAGGUGAAUCCUUCAUCCCAUUUAAGCUCUUGUCUCUCUUCCGCAACUUUUAUCGAUGUUAACAUGUCCACAUAUUUUCUUCUCGCUAUCUCAGUGAAUUGUGGAUUUAUCUUCAGAAGAUAUGCCAGACCCACACAUAUAGUCACUUGCUUAUGACAAGCACAAGCAUUAUCCGCUUCGAUCAUUGCACUGAGGUUAGCUUUUACCCAAGCAGGCUGUACCAAAGUAGCAAAGAAGUGCUCUCUAAAGACCUUCAAGCAUAAUUCAUCAAUAUAUUCUUCAGAAAGCGUAUUGAAAUCAAUAUAGUCCUUCAAUAUAACUUGAUUAUGCUCCAAGUUAUAAGGUUGGUGAUUACCAGAAAGAAAAGACCGCAAAGUUUGUUUAGGAUAUGUAGGGUACUGGCAUUCUUUGUUAUAUUUGGAACAGAACUUGCACUUUGGUCUUUGUAGAUCACAUUUCUUCCUUCUUUGACGACACCCGAAACACCCAUCUUUGGUUCUGCUGAUCUUUGGCAUUUCGUACAGAUUUAGUGGUUAGAACAUUAACAAAUGUGGUUCUUGAUCUUACCGAGUCCCGCCCUUGUGAAAUUUAAACUUUGUGGGUAAUUUUGAUCAUGAAAAUAUGAAAAUGCGACUCAAGUCUAAGCAUUAAAUUUACGUAUAUUUUUAUU